AAAUAAUAAUCUCAUCUGCUUGUUCAUACUUCAGAUCAAGAUCUAAUAGGGGAAUUAUUUGUAAAUAAAAGAGUUUGUAUUUGCCAAAAGUGGAAAAAGAACCAGAAAACCAACUAUCUUCACCAUUUUGGCGCUGUUUGUGAAAUUUCUCGGUCCGGGUUCAAUAGAUUCAAAGCCAAGAGAUUGAAGGAGAAGAUAACUUCAAUUGGGUGUUUCAAGAGAGAUUGAUUUGACGAAUUUUCCGUGAAGUUUCAAAGAAAAAAACGAAAACCCAGUUUAUAAAUUUCCAGAGAAGCCCACUAGUGACUGGUGUCCUACUAUUGCUUCACUUUUGCUUAUUUAUCUUAAUGGCCAGCAACGAAGCAAAUCAGCCCUUGCUCUCCACAUUAGUAGACUUGACACCUAGAAAAGGAAACAAAGUUGUGCCCAAAAGAAGACGAUUUCGUCGUUGUAGAAGUGCACCUGUAGCAGAUUUACUUCCCCAAGAUAAUAAUGGGAAAGGCCCAAUUCCACGCUCUGAAUAUAUUUUCGGUAAAUUCCACCCAAAUUUUAAGCUGACAGCCCUUUGCUCUGCCGUGUACUUGGUUAUUGGCACUAUAUGCUUUUACUUUGUGAGGGACGAAAUCACUGGAAUGAAAACAGAUGCACUUCUUGAUGCUGUUUAUUUCACCAUAGUGACCAUGACCACCGUUGGUUAUGGUGAUCUAGUCCCAGACAGUGUCCUCUCAAAGUUACUAGCCUGUGGUUUUGUCUUCUCUGGUAUGGCUAUAGUUGGAAUGCUUUUGAGCAAGGCCGCAGAUAAUUUGGUCGAGAAGCAGGAAAUAUUGCUAUUUAAAGCCAUGUACAAGCAUGAAAAAGUAGAUCAAAGUGAAAUGCUGGAGGAUAUUGAGUUCAGUAAAGUGAAAUACAAGACGAUAUUUACUUCGAUACUUAUGUUGGUCUUCAUUAUUGUUGGGACCAUCUUCUUGGUUUUUGUUGAAGGUCUGAGCUUUGUCGAUGCCUUCUAUUGCGUAUGUUCUACCGUCACAACCCUUGGUUAUGGAGAUCAGAGCUUCUCAACCAAAGGUGGCCGUGUAUUUGCAGUGUUUUGGAUAUUGGGCAGUACUAUCUGCGUAGCUCUGUUUUAUCUUUACGUUGCCGAGCUUGCAACAGAAAACAGACAAAGAGCACUCGUUAAUUGGGUUCUCACUCGAAAGACAACAAACACAGAUCUUGAAGCAGCUGACAUUGAUGAUGAUGGCAUUGUUGGGGCUGCCGAGUUCAUUAUAUACAAGCUGAAAGAGAUGGGGAAGAUUAGUCAAGCAGAUAUUUCAGUUUUACUAGAGGAGUUUGAGGAUCUUGAUGUUGAUCAAUCAGGAACCUUGUCAGUCUCGGACAUUAUUCUCGCUCAAAUGCCCCAAACGGAACGGUAACUUCCAUUUUACUAUAUUGGAUAUAACUUAUGAGAAAACAAUGUAGAUUAAUCUGAGAGCCUACUUUGUAUGUUACUUAUUUUAACUGCAGCCAGUGCACCCAUGUAACCUUUUCUGCGCUAUAUAUGUAUAUAUAUACAUAUGUCCACAAUAUUAAAUGUUUUUGCCAUUUCUUUUCCCUGGUGCACAAGCCUAUAUGUAUAGUAGAUGUUGGCUCCUGAUGACUGUGUUGGAUCAGCUAGUAUUGUUAUAAGCGAUCAUUUGUCAUGCUAA